AUGGCAUCAUUUUCGAGCAAACUGAAAAGGACACACGAUAAAAUCCAGGCAGCAGGACUGAGGACAAAGAACAACAACAUGGGCAAAGGUUCAAGCAGCAACACUGGAAGAACAAUGAGGAGUCAGUCUAUAGGAAGAGGUCAAGGAGAAGAGGACAAGCCUGUGGAAGAAGGAGAAGAAAGACCAAUGGAAGAUCCGGGAGAACAAGAAAGAGGACAAGACGGAGAACAAGAGGGUACAGCUGAGAGAGGAAUCAGAAACAAAGAAGUGACAGGGGAAGAAAGAGGAGACGAAGAUGAGGAGGAAGGAGAACACAACCAAAGAAGAGGCGAAGAGCGUGGUCAGCGACGAAGGCAAUUGCGUGCACUUCCAAGUAAAGAACCAGUCAACAUAUGA